AUGGACGAGUACAAGAAAUUUCUGGCCGAUCGGCUUCUCAGCGAUGAGCAACCAAUCACAUAUAGACUUCUCAGCAGAGCGCUCGGGAUACACGUCAACACGGCAAAAGAAAUGCUGUACGACUAUCAUACCUAUCAAAAUGGUAUCAAGGCAGAGUCGAUCCAUGCUACCUAUGUAGUAUAUGGCACCAAGACCCAGAACAACACUGCUGAAGAUGGGGAUGUCGAGAUGAGCAGCUCAAUGCCUGAGCAUGAACCUCUUUCCGAAACAGUUCCCACGACGACCUUGGCCCUGAUCCGCCAGGAGAACCUAGAAGCCGCCCUCGCAGAGUACCAGGAGGUUGUGUCAAUACAUAUGUACAGUCUCGCCCCCGGUCCCCAGCGGGACGUAUCUCUUCUCUAUGAUGUGGCCAAAUCACUGGCCGAGUACACUUCAAAGGAAGACCCCCUGACGGCUGGCGAGAAGUACGGAACGAUCAGGAAUCUGAAUGUGAGGCGGAGGGACCGUCAAGCGCGUCCCAAGCCGGGCUCUUCCACCACCAGUCAACCUGCCAAGGCUCAACCCCCCAAAGCCCAGCCGAUUGUUCCUGUCAAAUCUGAGCCAGCUGCUGCCACCAAGAAGCCCUCGCCAUUCGAAGUUGCAGCGGCGGCAGCCAAGCUCAAGAAGCAGCCCAGCUCACAGACACCCUCGUCUUCUGAGACGCCGACUUCUAGUGCCGCGAAACCAGCUCCAGCAUUGAAACGAGGGGGGUCUGGAAGUAUCAUGCAGUCAUUCGCCAAAGCGAAGCCUCCCAAGCCCAAGCCGGAGCCGAAAAAGGAGGAGGACACUGAGAUGGCGCUCUCGGACGAUGGGGAGGCUGACGACGAGGACAUUGCGAAAGAAAAGUCCGAGUACAAGGAUUCGGACGCUGUGAGGAAGUCGAGGAAACAGCGGGAGGACGAACUGAGGCGGAUGAUGGAGGACGAUGACGAAGAGGAGAAGUCCGAGCAAGAACCUGCGGACGAGGAGAUGGAAGAGGCCCCUGAACCCGAGCCUGAGCCGGAAGAAGAACCGAAGGAGAAGGAGGAAGAACCGGCCGAAACUAUCACCACAACUGCCAAUGGCCGGAGAAGGGGAAGAAGAAAGGUCAUGAAGAAGGAGCGCGUCAUGGAUGAACAAGGUUACCUUGUUACGAUACAAAAGCCCGGCUGGGAGUCCUUUUCAGAAGACGAAGCUCCUCCGCCCAAGAAGCCUGCGAUCGCCUCAUCCAAUUCGUCUACUCCCGCCUCAUCAGCUGGGAAAGCCAAGAAAUCCACCGGAAAGGGGGCACAGGGGAAUAUCAUGUCCUUUUUCGCCAAGAAGUCAUAG